GAACACAUUGUAAGAAAGAGAGACAGACAGAGAGAUGGAGACAGUGUCCGACUAAAGAGACAGAAAGCUGAUGAAAGACAAAGUGACAGGUCAAGAUUGAGUGUAAGAUAUCAAGAGGAGUGGACAAACUAAAGGGGGAGGAGGAGUCUGGUCUGAGAAGAAGCUAAAAAGAGUGGAGCGCGAAAAGAAGCCUUCAAAACACUGAACCCACCGAGGCAGAAGGUGAGACACGGGGUUGAAAUGGAAUAAACUAGAAUCUGGCAAGAACUAGGCUGACAAAAUGAAUUAUCAUCACUGAAGGAAUUACCGAAAACAUAAACAGACUGUGCGAAGGCACCAGAGGGGAUCAGAAGACAAUUCAAUGUAACAAGGUUAUCUUUUCCACUUGAAAAACAAAACACAGUGGAAAUCACCGAAGAACAUCUUUAGGAACUACCGUCAACAAGAGGACUAUUCCCAAAGUAACAUAUUUCCUCAUCCUCGGAUCUUCUGGACCACAAAUCAGUUCCAGCGUGUGAACCCAAAGGACGUUCGGUCACCUUUUUGUUGUGGGAUGGAAGCUGUGCAUUGAGCUGCCAAGUAGGGGUUGAGUGUGCUGGACGCUUAUCUACUGACACUGCAGCAUGAAGCUCAGGCAUGGGGCUGGAGGGGCACUGAUGGCCUUGCUGUUGAGUUUCCUGCUGACUACAUGCACCACACAAGACAGUGAAGAGAGCCUGGAGUUGCUGGAUGAAAACAACACAGUCAGCACAGAGAGCCCUGAGACUGUAUCAUCAGACUUAACCUUCGUGAGCCCCCGCAAGACAUGGAUAGCCUUUAGAGACAACUCCAACAAGGGUGGAAAUAAGAAACCAAGAGGAAACAAAAGGCCCUCCAAGCAUGGCCUACCAGGUCCACCAGGUCCUCCGGGCCCCCAGGGGCCUCCUGGUCCACCUGGCCCCCAACUGCCCCAUCAUCCAGAAUUGAUACAGGACUUCCAAGUCAAAUUGAAAGAGAUGGUAGAAACUCACUGUCUGCAAUGUGAUCAACCACCUCGUGUGGCCACGGCCUUCCGCUGCCGACUGCAGCACAACCUGAUCGUACCCCGUCGCAGUCUUCAGGAGCUCCAGCCCUUCAGCACUCCUUCAAACACAGAGCAAUUCCAUCAGAGAGGACAGGCUUUUAACACCAGCAGUGGCCGAUAUACAGCUCCAGUGUCUGGCUUCUACCAGCUCACAGCUAGUCUGCUACUAGACUCAAACGAGUCUCAAAAGAGGCCUCAGGCCAGGCAGAAGGACUGUGUCAAGGCCUCCAUAUGUAUAGAGUCUCUGUGCCAGAGUAACGUGUCUUUAGAGACGGUGACUGGGGUGAGUGCUACAGGGGGAGUAUUCAGUAUUCUACUUACUGGAACGCUUUACCUGCAGGCUGGCGAGUAUGUGUCUAUUCUCAUUGACAAUGGAACAGGCUCAGCCCUCACAAUUCUCCGUGACAGUUUGUUUUCUGGCAUCCUCAUUGGAGUAUAAAGACACCUAAUUCCAGUUUCAGUGUUUAUGUAAAGUAUUCAUGACAAAGUAGAGUAAUUGCCUAAGAGAAAGCAUCUAAAAGAGACUGGAAGACGCUUCAGUAAUUAUAUCCUUAAUGCUGUUGCCGGGGCAGCAGGAUAGCACUGUUAUUGCUUUCCAAAAUAAUGGCAACAAUCAAAUGCUGUUUAUAGAGGUGUAUGUAAUUUUUAUGUGAUAUGUUUAUAUAUUCCAUUCUAACAGGACUGAAGUUUAUUUAUUUGCUUUUUGAAAAAAAAUGCUGAUAUUUGUGUGUGUUUGUAAUAAAACAC